GAUGUAAAAAUUCAAGAAGAGAAAAUAAAACAAAAUUGUUUCAUUAUUAUAAGAAUAAUGAAGAACACAAAAGUAAUGUUUCCCUCUUAUUUUUAACUUUUGAAAACGCCAGAGUGGUGUAUAAUAAAGAAAAACCGGCGUCGUUUGCAAAAAAGAGGAAAAAAAAACAAAAGCCCGACUUUGAGUUGGAGCCAUUGUUUCACCGUAGCACUGUCGGAGCUUAGUUGGUGCAGAGCGAACGAGAGAGAGAGAGAGAGAGAGAGAGAGAGAAAGAGAUAUGGAGAACAAGAGCGGAUCCUCGAGACAUUCGGAUUUCACAAAGUCGUUUAAGCUUGCUAUUCGCUCCCUUCUCACUUCCUGCUCUAAACAGGACUUUAUCAAAGCAUUCUCUGACUGUAACACCAAAGAGCAAGAAAGUCUUCACCGUCUUUUUAUCCAGGUCAUUACUUCUCUGCAUCAGAUGACAGAGGAUGAGUUUGAGUCAUUAGGCCUUGAAACACAGGUGGGAACAACUCUUGAUACUGUGGACCAACUUUUGGAAGAACAACAUAUGGACCCUUUGUUUUCAAAAGAGACGAAUGUAAUGGAUGUAGUGCAUAGUUUGUCAAUUGCAAAGGAAAAUGAGAUUCAGUGCUUGAUGAGCAUGCUUGAAAGGGCUGAAGAACAGCGUCACCUCAUCCGAGCUCGUACAGAACAACUUAAGAAAAGAAGACAAGAUGUCUCUAGCCCGACAGAUGUUAAGAAGCUGAGAAGCAGGGUUUUAAGUUACUGGACAUCCAGUGAUGAACUCUAAGAUGUCCCUGGUGGAGUAGAUAGAUUUGUGGUAGUCUGGAGCUGCUGUGUGAGCGAGGUAUAUGUAUAAGUUUAUAAAUUAAUUAGUAUAUUUGUUGCUGGAUUGUUGGAUAACUACAUUCUGUUCCAAUAGAAAUGAAAGAUAUAGUCAGUAGUAUAUUAUUUUC